UGUGAAGCAUUGCAAAACUUCACAUGAAGUAUGGAAUAAAUUGAAGGAGGUUUACGAAUCCAAGGGACCCGCAAGAAAGGCUACGCUCCUGAAGCAAUUAUUAUUCACGAAAAUGUCCGGUAGUGAAGAUAUGUCCGAUCACUUAAAUAAUUUUUUCAGUCACGCGGAUAAAUUAAAAGAAAUGGAUAUUGUAGUCGCUGAUGAUUUAUUGUCAGUCCUAUUAUUACAUGGCAUCCCGAAUACAUACGAAAAUUUUAAAUGUGCGAUCGAAUUACGGGAUCAAUUACCUACCCCAGAUGCGCUUAAGAUAAAAUUACUAGAAGAAGCUAAUUCUCGUCAUAAUUCAAAUGCUGUGUAUGAUCACCAGGAAGCUCUACAAGUGGAAGAUCUAAAUAAACACACGAGGUAUGAUAAAAAUAGAAAAUCUUCAGAUAAAAAUGGGUUUAUUAAAACUAAUCAAGUAAAACACAUUGAAUGUUUUUACUGCCACAAACGUCGAUAUAGGGCACAUCAAUGCUUGAAGAAGAAAAGGAAUAAUCAUAAAGCUGAACUAGCACAGGUUCCUGGAAUAUCCAAAACUGAACAAUGCUUACGUGCUUCCAAUAUUCAUUAUGAAGAUAAUCAGGAUAGUAUUAUCACUGUUUAUUAUCAUGUUUCAUUGAAUAUAAACAGGGAACCACUAAUGAAAUGGUGCAUUGACAGUGAUGCUACAUCACAUAUAUGCUGUGACAUAAGCCGUUUUGAAACCAUACAGCCAAUCAAAAAUCAAAAAUCAAAACGUGAAAUCAACGAAUGGCAAAAGCCAGCUGAAAUCAAAGGUACCGCAGUAUUAUUUAACUGUAUAAAAAACAAGCUGUGGAAAUUUCAAUUGGAAAACACAUUGCAUGUACCAGUAUCAAAAGCAAAUUUGAUUUUGGUAACAAAAGUUGCACCGACUGAAAAAAGAAAUAUUAGUGAAGAUCUAACAGGAUAUGUCAACUCCGACUGGAGAGGUGAUAUUAACGAUAGGAAAUCCAGAACUGGCUUUGUAUUCAAACUAUCGAAUGGUGUUAUAUCUUGGGAAUCCAGAAAGCAAGAAAGUGUGGCUACUUCCAACACUGAAGCCAAAUACAUGGCACUAACAGAAUCCACUAGAUGAUUUCUAAGCAGGUUUGAUGUGAUGGCUGAAGAAAGAGCAACCAAAAUAUAUUGCAAAAUAAAGAGCAACCAGAGUGCAGCUAAAUUGGUAAAAAAUCCAGUGUUCCAUGGUGAAAGGAAGCAUAUAGACAUCCGCUAUCAUUAUGUUCGUGAGAUUUUUCAAAAGGGAAUCAUUGGAAUUUUCUAUAUGCCCACAAAUGAGAUGCCAGCUGAUUUACUAACAAAAAGCUUGGGCAAGCCAAGUCACAAUGCUCACCUAGAAACCAUUGGUUUGAUGAGCAUUCGAAUUCCGUUGAGAGGAGAUGUUGAAAAUAACAACGUGAGUUCGUGCUCAUCCUCCACAUGCGGAUGCGCUAGUUCCAAAAAGCAGUAACUAGAAGAUUGUUCUAGAUGCUAUCGAUAGACUCGAUCGAUAUUUUUAGAUGCUCCUUUGUUUUUUUUCCUAGUCUACGUAAGCGCGUACAAUAAAGGUUUUUUUCGGCUCAGAACGGUGUGAUAGAUUUAUCCGUGCAAUAUUCUAAUAACUAUUGUGAUCCUAUCUCUGAAUGUAAAAAUAACAACAGGAAGAUCCAAAUAAACACACGAGGUAUGAUAAAAAUAGAAAAUCUUCAGAUAAAAAUGGGUUUAUUAAAACUAAUGAAGUAAAACACAUUGAAUGUUUUUACUGCCACAAUCAUGGAUAUAGGGCACAUCAAAGCUUGAAGAAGAAAAGGGAUAAUCAUAAUGCUGAACUAGCACAGGUUACUGGAAGAUCCAAAACUGAACAAUGAUUACGUGUUUCCAAUAUUCAGUAUGAAGAUAAUCAGGAUAGUAUUAUCACUGUUUAUUAUCAUGUUUCAUUGAAUAUAAACAGGGACCUACUAAUGGAAUGGUGCAUUGGCAAUGAUGCUACAUCACAUAUAUGCUGUGACAUAAGCCGUUUUGAAUCCAUACAGCCAAUCAAAAAUCAAAACGUGAAAUCAACGAAUGACAAGCCAGCUAAAAUCAGCCAAUGGCAAGCCAGCUGAAAUCAAAGGUACUGCAGUAUUAUUUAAGUGUAUAAAAAACAAGCUGUGGAAGUUUUGAUUGGAAAACACAUUGCAUGUACCAGUAUUAAAAGCAAAUUUGAUUUCGGUAUCAAAAGUUGCAGUGAGUGGAAAAAGGUUCGUAUUUACAAACCAAAUGGCUACAAUAUUUGAAAAGAGCGAUGAAAAAUAUAUUCAAGCAAAUAUUACAACUCACCUGAAAUUGAUUUGAACAUCCAUCAGUCUCUGAAAGGAUCAUUAAUGUAUUUCUGCCAUUAAUUUGUUUUAAUAACAACCCAAAGAAGAUUCAUUGGUUAUCUGCCAAAUUGGUCUUAUGUUAUUGUUAAUGGGAAUGUCUAACAUUGGUCCAUGAUUCAGAAAUAUUAGUGAAGAUCUAACAGGAUAUGUCAACUCCGACUGGAGAGGUGAUAUUGACGAUAGGAAAUCCAGAACUGGCUUUGUAUUCAAACUAUCGAAUGGUGUUAUAUCUUGGGAAUCCAGAAAGCAAGAAAGUGUGGCUACUUCCAACACUGAAGCCAAAUACAUGGCACUAACAGAAUCCACUAGGUGAUUUCUAAGCAGGUUUGAUGUGAUGGCUGAAGAAAGAGCAACCAAAAUAUAUUGCAAAAUAAAGAGCAACCAGAGUGCAGCUAAAUUGGUAAAAAAUCCAGUGUUCCAUGGUGAAAGGAAGCAUAUAGACAUCCGCUAUCAUUAUGUUCGUGAGAUUUUUCAAAAGGGAAUCAUUGGAAUUUUCUAUAUGCCCACAAAUGAGAUGCCAGCUGAUUUACUAACAAAAAGCUUGGGCAAGCCAAGUCACAAUGCUCACCUAGAAACCAUUGGUUUGAUGAGCAUUCGAAUUCCGUUGAGAGGAGAUGUUGAAAAUAACAACGUGAGUUCGUGCUCAUCCUCCACAUGCGGAUGCGCUAGUUCCAAAAAGCAGUAACUAGAAGAUUGUUCUAGAUGCUCUCGAUAGACUCGAUCGAUAUUUUUAGAUGCUCCUUUGUUUUUUUUCCUAGUCUACGUAAGCGCGUACAAUAAAGGUUUUUUUCGGCUCAGAACGGUGUGAUAGAUUUAUCCGUGCAAUAUUCUAAUAACUAUUGUGAUCCUAUCUCUGAAUGUAAAAAUAACAACAGGAGAUCCAAAUAAACACACGAGGUAUGAUAAAAAUAGAAAAUCUUCAGAUAAAAAUGGGUUUAUUAAAACUAAUGAAGUAAAGCACAUUGAAUGUUUUUACUGCCACAAUCAUGGAUAUAGGGCACAUCAAUGCUUGAAGAAGAAAAGGGAUAAUCAUAAAACUGAACUAGCACAGGUUACUGGAAUGUCCAAAACUGCACAAUGCUUACGUGUUUCCAAUAUUCAGUAUGAAGAUAAUCAGGAUAGUAUUAUCACUGUUUAUUAUCAUGUUUCAUUGAAUAUAAACAGGGAACCACUAUUGGAAUGGUGCAUUGGCAGUGAUGCUACAUCACAUAUAUGCUGUGACAUAAGCCGUUUUGAAUCCAUACUGCCAAUCAAAAAUCAAAACGUGAAAUCAACGAAUGACAAGCCAGCUAAAAUCAGCCAAUGGCAAGCCAGCUGAAAUCAAAGGCACUGCAGUAUUAUUUAACUGUAUAAAAAACAAGCUGUGGAAGUUUUGAUUGGAAACCACAUUGCAGGUACCAGUAUUCCAAGCAAAUUUGAUUUCGGUAUCAAAAGUUGCAGUGACUGGAAAAAGGUUCGUAUUUACAUACGAAAUGGCUACAAUUUUUGAAAAGAGUGAUGAAAAAUAAAUUCAAGCAAAUAUUAUGACUCUCCUGAAAUUGAUUUAAACAUCCAUCAGUCUCUGAUAAGAUCAUUAAUGUAUUUCCGCCAUUAAGUUGUUUUAAUAACAACCCAAAGAAGAUUCAUUGGUUAUCUGCCAAAUUGGUCUUAUGUUAUUGUUAAUGGGAAUGUCUAACAUUGGUCCAUGAUUCAGUAAUAUUAGUGAAGAUCUAACAGGAUAUGUCAACUCCGACUGGAGAGGUGAUAUUGACGAUAGGAAUUCCAGAACUGGCUUGGUAUUCAAACUAUCGAAUGGUGUUAUAUCUUGGGAAUCCAGAAAGCAAGAAAGUGUGGCUACUUCCAACACUGAAGCCAAAUACAUGGCAACUAACAGAAUCCACUAGAUGAUUUCUAAGCAGGUUUGAUGUGAUGGCUGUAGAAAGAGCAACCAAAAUAUAUUGCAAAUUAAAGAGCAACCAGAGUGCAGCUAAAUUGGUAAAAAAUCCAGUGUUCCACGAUCAAAGGAAGCAUAUAGACAUCCGCUAUCAUUAUGUUCGUGAGAUUUUUCAAAAGGGAAUCAUUGGAAUUUUCUAUAUGCCCACAAAUGAGAUGCCAGCUGAUUUACUAACAAAAAGCUUGGGCAAGCCAAGUCACAAUGCUCACCUAGAAACCAUUGGUUUGAUGAGCAUUCGAAUUCCGUUGAGAGGAGA